CCGAUGUCCGCCCACUAGCAUCGUCGUGUGUUUGGUGUCAUACUCAUACUUGGAAGGAAAGCUAGCGCGCGCGCGUUUGUUUCAUAGUUAGGCCCUGCUCAUAUUCCUUUUGUUUGUGGAAUGAAGCUCCUCGUUUCUGAUGUAUGCGACAAAACAGUGGUUUACUUCCGUAGUGUAGUGGCUCGUUUUCCGGUAUGUGUUUUCCCCGUUCCGUUAACGUUAACACCUUCUUUCAAUGAGAUAGUUGGCAAUCGUUGCCAGCUACGAGCAGGAAGUGAUCGAAUGGUUCUAGUUCUUAAUUGAGUCAGUAAAGUGAAAAAUAAACAUGCACUGAAUCUUUGCUGAUAAAAUAGCACUGAUGGUUCAACCGUCGCCAUAGAAUCUCUCUCUUCCCUACUACCUUAUCGGUGUCAAAUGGUAGGAGAAGCUCAGUGCCAAAGUUUAGUGUUGUGUUAAACUGCAUAAGCAUCUAUAAGAAGAAAAAAAAAUCUCCUGUAAAAACGAACCAACACGGAUAAAACAAGGCAUCAACAUGAUCUGGUCCCCGACAAGCAACAAAUAUGGAGUUGCCAUACAUAACUGGCAUGGUGAUGUUACGCAUGGAUUAGCUCUGGAUGUGGGAGAUUGUGUAGAAAUCUUGGAAGAAACCACCUACUGGUUUCGAGGCACGUGUCCCCGAAAACCUCGCAAAGUAGGUUUGUUUCCAAAAUCGUACAUUCAUCUGAAGGACCUUUCGAAGGUGGAUCCCGUAGUAGCAGAAUGCACCCUGGUUUUACGCGAGUGGUCAGAAAUUUGGAAACGAUUGUUUGUGGAGCGCGAAGAAUACAAAUUUACAUCACUGCGCAAGGUAAUGCUGGCGCUGCUUGAAAGUCGACGCGAACUGUUAAGCUCUACGCUUACCCAGGAUCAGACUUACGAUCUACAAAUGAAAGUGAUUUCCAAAAUUGAUUGGGGAAAUAGAAAACUUGGAUUAGAUCUUGUACCUCGUUCUGGCACCCUGGCAGUGGACCCACAGAAAAUUGGUAUAGUAUCGCUUCAUCAAGUACACGUGAAUAGUGCAGAAAAUGCCAAGGCAGCAUCGAAUCGAGGUACACUUCGACGAAAAGCUGGCAAAAAAAUACAUACGCAUCAUCUGUACUUUUGCAUGCGUGAUUUUGGACACCGGAUAGGCGACGAUGCAGAAAUAUACUUCUAUCUGUACGAUGGCAACACGAACCGCAUGCGUGCGCUUUCGGAGCGUUUUCUAGUGCGUAUUGCACGAGAUGGGUUUUCGACCUACGUGGAAACAAGCCACAACUGCACUAUUUUCACCGAUCUUGGAUCGUCUGACCUGAAUCAGGAUCUCUAUCUCAUCGCAAACGUAAUGCGCGUUGGUAAAAUGCUGCACUCGGAGUCGGUGAAGAAAGGUGACAAGCUGACAACUACAACGCAUGCCUACCGCCGACCGUACGGUGUGGGAGUGCUGCCUCUGAAUGAAAUCGCUCAGUUUGAUUAUAGUGUAGAAUCGGAGGAAAAGGAAUUUAGCUUUAAGAUUUUCCAGUGUGAGGAGAAAGACUACCACCAGUUGCACGAGCUGAUCAUCAAGAAAGCGAGUGGAAAAUUUCAACCGAUCAACGCUAGCACCCAGAGCCAUUAUGGAUUGGUGGUUUCGAUGAAACUUCUUCACGGAGAAAUCGGCCAAGCAAAACUGGAACAACCAAUCCUGUUCCAGGGAACAGCCAUCACCAAGAAAAUAGGAUUCCCGGAUGUUAUCAUGCCGGGAGACGUACGCAACGAUCUCUUCCUAACGCUAGAAAGGGGGGAGUUCGAGCGCGUUGGUAUCAGCACGGCAAAGAACAUUGAAAUCACAGCGCUUGUGCUGGAUGAAAACGGGCGUAUGGUGCAGGAGUGCAUAGCGAUCGCGUCGGGAAGCCCGUUGCAGGCAUACUACAAAUCGAUGGUGCUUUACCAUAACAACUCUCCGGCGUGGAAUGAAACGAUCCGGAUGUUUGUGCCUAUCGAUAAGUUCAGUAAGGCGCAUGUUCGUUUCGAGUUUCGUAGCUGCUCGACGAGGGACAAGUCUGACCCGAAACUGUUCGGGUUUAGUUUUGCGCGGCUUAUGGAACCGGGAGGUGCGACAAUCGCCGAUGGAGCUCACGAGCUGUACGUGUACAAGUGUGAAGACGCUCUGAAGGUACAGCCGAACGUGUAUUUACGGCUUCCCUGUUCGGCUGGUGACCGGCAGGCGCAGGGUGAUUCACCAUCACCGUACCAUCGCAGUUCGAAGGAAGCCUUUUACGUGCGCACUAUCCUUUGCUCAACAAAAUUGACUCAAAAUGGAGACUUGCUGUCACUGCUUCAGUGGCGCAACAGACCGGAGGGUAUACAGGAUUCGUUGCAGCGCGUGCUGCGACUGCACAAUGAGGAACUGAUCAAAUUCCUGCAGGAUGUUUUGGACGCGCUGUUCGCCCUAUUUUCGACCGAUGAUGGUAACAGCACGCCUCACUCGGGGCUUGUGUUUCACGUACUAGUCAACAUAUUUAGUUUGAUGCAAAGCAGCAAAUUUCAACACUUCAAACCGGUAAUGGACGCGUACAUACGCAAUCAUUUUGCUGCUCCGCUAGUAUACCAAGGACUGCUUUCUUCGGUGCAACAUCUGGCCGACUGGCUGACAACAACCGACAAUCUUGAGCCGAUCGUGCAGUGUUUCAGUUCGCUCGAGUUUAUUUUCAAACUAAUCAUCCAAUCGCGCAAACUGUUUGCCCAUGCGUCCGGGGGCCAAUAUGAGGAUAAGUUCAAGAAUGAUCUGUUUUCCGUAUUCCUGUCCCUGAAUGGCAUGCUUGCGGUGCCAAGUACGACACAAAUCCUAGCAACACAGGAAGCGCUGCUCAGUAAUGCAGGGGUGGUAUUUGAGCAGCUACGUACCAUCAUCACCCGUCCGGAGCUGGAAACGCUAGUAAAAUCCAUGCUGGACGCUGUUCCGAAGGACGCUCAACCGCCCUUGAUACAAGCGAAGCUGAAGUCAAUCAAGGAUAUGGUUUCCGGGCAGUUGUUUGAAGACGACGAACUACGUUCAGUCAUCUUAAACAUUGCCUGCAAGCAUCUUCGCAUUCAUCUAGCUCGGCGGGACGAACUGCGAUUGUGCUCAGAAAUUCUCGCCGAAGUGUUGAUCAAGUUGUAUGAAGCGAAAGCAAAAUCUGGGGAGAAACCAUCGAACGCCAUCCAUCACGAUCUGGAUACUUUAUUUGCCAACAUCUUUCCCAUACUGCUGCAAACUAUUAAUGUACUGAGCAAUGGCGGUAACGAGAAUCUCGUUUGCUCCUUGUUUGCGGUAAAGCUAGGUCUGCUGCAGCUGCUGGAUGAGUCACACUAUCAACGUAUGUGGGAUAGACAACAGACUGGCAUUAGUCCAACCGGUGGAGGAUCAGUCGUCGGAGGAAAGGAACUCAAAGAUUUUAUCCAGCAGUGUCUUGCAAUCUUCAAGGACAUCCUCGAACAGGACUGGAUGAUAUUUUCAAAGGACUGGUUGGUGAUGAAAAUGGCCGCCAAUGACGUGUUGCGGCGAACUUUGGAGGAGCUGGCAAAACCCCUCGUGUAUCGGUUCCUUGGUCCUCAAUCGUUUGAUUCACAGCUGUGGUGGUCGUACUUCAGCGUUGCUGUUAUUUUCCUCACUCAGCCGUCACUGCAGAUCGAGCAGUAUCAUGAGACGAAACGGCGCAAACUGUUGAGCACUCACGGCGAUAUGCGCGUUAUGAUGGGCUUUCAAAUAUUGAGCAUGUGGGCGCAACUUGGAGAGCACAAACUGCACUUUAUUCCGUCGAUGGUAGGGCCGUUCUUGGAGGUAACACUUGUUCCAGAACCAGCAUUACGGAAAGCUACCUUUACGGUUUUCUACGAUAUGAUGCAGUGCGAACAGGUUUCACGUGGAUCAUUCCGGUUGGUAGAAAGCGAACUGAUUGACAAGCUGGAUUUGCUCAUCAGUGAGAAUAAGGGCGACGAUGAGUAUCGGGAACUGUUUAGCACGAUGGAGCAACUGUGUCUAGCCCUCCUGGAACGGGUACAAACGGAGAAUCCCUCCUGGCGCGAGUCGGGAAUUGCAUUCAUUUCCUCCGUCACGCGGUUGCUGGAACGGCUGCUAGAUUAUCGUAGCGUCAUGCAAGGGGACGAGAAUCGCGACAAACGUAUGACCUGCACGGUCAAUCUGCUGAACUUCUACAACGACGAGAUUAAUCGCAAGGAAAUGUACGUUCGAUACAUCUACAAGCUGCUGGAUCUGCAUCUCGGUGCCGAAAACUAUGUCGAAGCUGGACUGACGCUGAAGCUGUACGCCGACAUGCUGUCCUGGGAUAGUGAAAACAUUUCAGAUGAAUCGAACGGGCCCCGGGAAUGGGAACAGAAGGAGAAAAUUUAUAAAAACAUCAUAAGCUAUUUCGAUAAGGGCAAAUGUUGGGAGAAGGGCAUCCCGUUGUGCAAGGAGCUGGCUAUAUUUUACGAGCGCAAACGUUUCGAUUACAACCGGCUGAGCGAUGCAUUAGUUCAGGAGGCAAAGUUUUUCCAAAACAUCCUGACUCAAUUGCGCCCAGAGCCCGAAUAUUUUCGCGUCGGAUACUACGGUACAGGAUUUCCAUCGUUCGUCAGGAACAAACAAUUCAUCUACCGUGGCUUGGAGUACGAACGCAUCGGUGCAUUCAUCCAGCGGCUCCAGACCGAAUUUCCCACUGCAUUCAUUCUGGACAAGAAGCAAUACCCACCGGACAGCUCGAUUCUGAACUCGCCCGAGCAAAGGUUUCACGUCGUCAAUGUGCGCCCGAUCGCCGAUCCGUACCAUCUGAAAAGUGCCAAAGUGACCGUCCCGGAGAAAAUUUCCAAGUACUAUGAAGUGAACGACGUUACACGGUUCCAGUACGACCGUCCAGUACACAAGGGCACGGUAGAUAAAGAUAACGAGUUCAAGUCCUUGUGGAUCGUGAGAACGAUCUACGAAACGGCCCAACCGUUGCCGGGCAUCUUACGAUGGUUCGAAGUUAGUAAGACAUCGGAGCACGAGCUAACACCGGUGGAGUUUGCUUGCGAAACAAUUGCCAACGUAAACAAGGAACUGUCCGAUCUCAUCGUACAGUACCGUCUGGAUCCGAAGCGCAAUUUAAACCCAUUCACGAUGCGCCUGCAAGGAUCGGUCGAUGCGAACGUGAACGGAGGCUUCAGCAAAUAUCAGGACGCAUUCUUCUCGGAACGUUUCGCCAAAUCGGCCGAGGGUCGCGAUCAGAGUGUGCAUGUACAGCGACUGAAGCGGUUGAUUUUUGAGCAGAUGCAAAUCCUGCGCCAGGCGCUGGAACUCCAUCGCAGUCUUGCCCCGGAACAGGUGCUGCCGCUGCACAAUCGCCUGUCGGAAGCGUUCCUGGAGCUGGAGAAGAGCACGUCCGAGUGGAAAACGAACAUCAACAUUCCAACCAAACCGCUGCCUCCGCUACCGAUUGGCCAGCAGCAGCAACCGCAUGGUGGCGGUGGUACAGACCUAUACGGUGGUGGUACGGGAGCAAACGGGGGGAAAAUGGGCCUGUCCAAUGGUGGAGCACAAGAGCUAGCGUACUUCCCGGAAGACUACGACGGCACGUACAUGUCGGUGAACAAAAAGACUCUCUCGCUGUCCGGAAUUGUUCCGAUGACGGCGUUAACCUCCUCGCCAGCACCUCACAUUCCUCCGCGCGACAGUACUGGUGCAGUGAUGCUGCCUGCAGUGUGUUCGCCGACCGCGCCACCAUUGCCACCGCGGGGCCACACCCCGGACAAACGCAGCUCCAAUCCGAUGCCAUUCACCGAGUACGUAGAGCAACAGCAGCAGCAGCUACAGCAGCACAGCAGUUUGCCGGGCAAGAAUCGGCAGAAAAAGUAUUCACUGUAUGAGAUUUCGCUCAACGACAGUGGCAACUAUGGCAGCCCGCGCAAUUUGGCCGAAUUCCGGCAGGGUUUCUAUCGCGAUUCGGGCAUUUCCACCAGCACGCAGGAAUUGAACAAUCUCAACGCAGCUUCGUCCUCCGGGGCAACAGGCGGUGGUCCCCUGCCGCAAGGAGGAGAGGGCUGCGCUCAAACGCCACCGCACCAACACUAUCACCAGCCGAUGACCAUUACGUCCGCAGCCACAACAUCCCACGACGAUUACAACAUUAUUGCCAAUGGCAAUACGUUGCCGGUUAUGUCCCAGCAUCCGGUCCGUGGCCAUCAGAAGACAAACUCCAACCCCGAAGCGUACCAAAGCAUUCCAAUGGUGGCCGGAACGACGGCGCCUUCCACCGGCGGUACAUCGGUGCAACCACCGCCACCACCGAUCCCGCCCAAAUCGGCGUCGCUGCACCAUCAGCACUCACUCCCGGUGGGGAGCCUCGGUGGGGGAGGACUGGCCAAUAAUAAUAUUAAUAAUAACAACAACAAUCACAGCAAUAACAACAGCACGCUUAGCUUCCAUUCCCAGGGAGCGCAUGCGCAGCAUCUACCGCCACCAUCCCACUACCACCAUCAGCGCAACCAGUCGCUUAACCUCAGCACCAACAGUUCGUCCGACGGGGAGCAGCUAAGCUUGAACGACAUUAGCCCAGCGCCUCCACCAAUGUUUAAUGAUAAUUUUAGCGACUCGUUCAGCGACGAAUGUGACAAUCCGGCACCAAGCUGUGGCGCCGUUCCCAAUAGCCAGCACGCAAAAAUGACACCCAGCCCAGGCCGGUCGGUAGGUGGUGGUGGCUCCGGUGCGGCUGGGGCUGGUGUGGUAGUAACGCCAGGCGGCUACAACAGCUCCACACUGAACGGAUCAGCAUCGUCCGGCGAAGCGCUGGAGCUCAGUUCGAUCACGACAACAACGACUACGACUACGAUCAUUUCUCUCCGAAGGGAUGAUGAGGAUGAAAUAUUUUACUAAAAACGCGCAUUUCGCAAUUUUGUGGCGCAUAUGAGUUGUAUUUUGCGGCUAUGGAAAACGAAAAGCAAACAGCGUAACACUUUUCUACCACCGAUCGUUUUUGAUCGGGCCGGUACAAGGUCAUGAUAUUAUAUGAAAGCGAAGGGGGAAGUCGAAGGGUGAAGUGGGCGUCGAUAGACAAAACAUGUGCAAUCACUUAUUCUUACCCACAUUGAACCGGAGACACGAUAGCGGCUAUCUCAGAUAAGAAAGCAACCACAUACCAACGAGAACUAAUAUUCAGGAACGUCGUAACAUAUACGUGCGAAGAGUAACCAUUUAUAAUACUAGUGUGAAGCAAGCAAGCAAGCUAUUUGCUAUAUUUAUAGAUAUACAACAAAAAAAGAAAGAUAGAAAACCCCGUAAGUAUGCAUAUAUACACACGUGCGCUCAUAAUUUAACUAAACAACAAAUUCCACACAAUGGAUAUACCUCUAUACAAUUACUAACAUUUCAUUGCAACCGCCCAGCACAUUGGUAAAACGAAUCGUUUGCCCAACCAAGCAACAACAGUGUAUAUGUGCGAGCGAGUCUCAUAAUUAUUGUGAAUUGAAACCCAAUUUGCCAAAACAACAGCAACCAAUUGUUUAGAAUUAUAUGAAAGCUAAAGCUAACGAUAGCAAACUGUAACGCAUUCGCAAAGCAUGGGGGCACCUUCAUGUCGCCCGAUGCUGAGUACUAGAAAUAGAAACCAAAAAAAAAAAAAACAUUAUGAUUGAUGCAUUAAUUUUGCAUUAUACGUACAAGUAAUACGAUACAAUCAUUAUUCUGGAGAGGAAGGCAAAAUCCGGCGCAAAACGAGUGUGAUUUCAAUCUAGUAUUUUUAGGGUUCAGAAAGAUCUGCGUGGAGGGGAAUGGGAUUACGAGAUACGGUAAUUAUUAAUAGGAGCGCCCCCACCAUUGGGGCGCGAAGCAUUUCCAGCAUUUCAUUCCAAGGAAUUUGCUUUUUAUAUGCUUGUCCGUGCUAGACCAUGCAUAACUAAACAAUUACCUCCAAAUACUCUUGCGAUGUUACCGUUUCCGUACUCUCUCUCGAUUCUCUUACACUUUUCUUCUUACCUAGUAGUUUACCUACCUAGUCAGCAGAAAUGGUGUAGAACAAUUUAGUCUCGGAAAGCUCUUGCUAAAGGCUUCGAAGGGCAGCAGGAAAAUGAAUUUUAACUCUUGUAAAAGCGAAUACAAAUAGUUGAAGAUAUUAGCAAAGAUAUUGAGAAAGGAUAAGAAGGGUGAAGAAAGGAGCUAGAGGGAGAGAAACAUUCAUUCUUAUAGGAAAUGAACUAAAUGUAAUUGUACUCCGUAGCACUCUUGUUGAUCAAAUCCAAUAGGAAUUUUCAAGCAGCCUGCCCAAAAAGGGUGCCAUAGAGUCCAAUUUCCAACACAUGAAGUUCACUUCCCUUAAGAAAGAGUCAAGUAAGUGUCCCACAACUAUGAGAACCCCUGGAAACCCCUGUAAAGGAGAUUAAAAAAAGAGCAGACAGACCAUUGCUUGAUUAUAUUUUAGUUUAGUUUUCGGUGUGCAGCUUUCCAGCAGAGCACUGUUUACCUACUCAACCCCUUUUGUCGGCGUACAUAUAAAGUUCAAUAUAUUGACCCUUUUACGAAAACUACCUAAUAAAACAGUGCUACUAUACCAGUA